CGCCGCUGUCCCUGUGGCGAGUGUUGGUGUCAGUCUCACAUAUUCGGCUGAUCACAACUUGAAGUCACUGUCGGCCCGCUUGAAAGCGUCCAAGCCAAUACAUACGGAAACAAGGUAAGGAAUACAAGCCUAUAUUUUUGAAGUGCAGGAGCGGCAGUAUCAAACGGCCGGCACCGCACGACGGAGCCGCAGAUACCACACAUUUUCGCAUUGGGCCGUAUAUUGAUCUUGAAACAUAAGGAGAUACCACUGUCCCUGUGGCGAGUACUGAUGCCAGGCUCAGAGAUUCCGUUCACCGCAAGGCGUCCAAACCAGUGCCUAUAGAUAAGGAUGCAAAAGUAUAAGAGGGAUCCAUGACAUGCAGAAGCAGUAGUAUCGAACGUUGCUGGACGACAGCGCAGAAUCCAUAUCACCAGCAUGGACUCUACUUCCAAUUCUCAUAAAAUCACGGCAAACGAGACGACGCCUCUGGUAGUACCUGCAAAGGACUCGAAGAAACCUAAAACGCCCCUUCCAAAACUUCAGAUAGGCAUACUUAUAACACUGCAACUUGCGGAACCCAUCGCUUCGACAUCUAUAUUCCCGUACAUCAAUCAGCUGAUCAGAGAACUUGGAAUCACUGGGGGCAAUGACGCGGCUGUAGGAUAUUAUGCCGGAAUCAUUGAAUCUCUAUUCUUUGUCGCGCAGGCACUGACGGUGCUGAAGUGGAGUAGGCUGUCUGACCGCAUUGGGCGCAGGCCAGUGUUGGUAAUUGGACUCUCAGGUGCUUGCAUAUCGAUACUGUGCUUCGGCCUCUCAACGACAUUCUGGAGUCUUGUCAUUAGCCGCUGCUUGUGUGGUUUUCUAAAUGGCAAUGUGGGAGUUAUGAAGACUAUGAUGGGAGAAUUGACGGACUCCACAAAUAUGGCUCAGGCAUUCGCCUUGAUCCCGAUCGUCUGGUCCAUUGGAGGCUUUAUUGGUCCUUUGAUAGGAGGAACACUUGCACGACCGCAAGAUCAUUGGCCUACAUUAUUCGCAGCCUGUCUGCUCGUCCUGGCCCUUGUCAUGAUGUUAAUGUUCUUAGAAGAAACACUAUCGACAAAGCGUCGGCCGAAGUUCACUUCAACUGCAAUCAGCGUUUCAAGUAGCCCAGAUAGAGAAUCUUUCAUCAAAAACUCGAUGGCAAACGUGCCCUUACGAUCCCUCCUUACGCCUUCCGUUGUCAUUCCGAUGGCAAACUACGCCAUGGUCGCCCUCCUCGACGUUUCCUUCAGGGUUCUUAUGCCGCUGUUCUUCUCGACACCUACUUACCUUGGCGGUCUUGGAUUUGAUCCUGCUGUCAUUGGCUCGUGGCUGGCGUUGUUUGGGAUCAUUGAUGGUGCCUUUCAGGGCUUAUUUUUCGCCAGAAUCGUUGAUUGGAUUGGUCCGAAGCGUUUAUUCUGCGUCUCAGUGUCGUGCUACGCACCACUCAUGGCUAUGUUUCCAAUAAUGUCGUGGAUUGUACGUGCAAGGGGGGAAGUCGAUUAUGCAAUCACGUUUGCCUUGCUUUUCCAUCUAGUUAUGAUAGUCAUAUGGCAUACGACAUAUGGGACUAUUUAUAUGUUCAUCACAGCCUCUGCUCCUACGAACAAUGUCCUUGGCGCUAUCAAUGGCCUCGGCCAAACCUCUGCGGCGGUAGCUCGUGCCAUUGGUCCUGCCUUGGCGACUUCGCUCUUUGCUGUAUCGAAGGAACACAACCUUCUAGGAGGAAAUGCAGUUUUUUUCGUCUUGAUUGUGUUGGCCGGUGGGUUGAGAUGGCUAGCGUCCCAGUUGCCAGAUGAAGUACAAGACAGGGAUGAGUAAGAGGUGACUCACAAGGAGAUUUGAGGAUUUGUGCACUGUGCAAGUAUUUAUUGAUGAGUUGUUUGAUAUCAAGGUAUAUAGGCAUCUGAACGUAUUAAAAUCUGAUGAUUGGAUCUUGUUUAUGUGAAGCAUUUGAUUCAGAAAU